AUGGAGCCUAACACAACCCACCCGGACCCACCGUCCAAGAAAGGCAUAUUUCUCUUUGAAGAAAGUCCGCGGCCCCGUCGGUUUUCAUACAAGUCGAAUCCGUCGUCAUCCAAGCCGAGCUUGAGCAACAAGAGCGCCGGCAACGUCCGCACCAAUUUUACGUCGUCGCAACCUCCCGAAUCGGCCAACGUGUUGUCGUCCAACGCGUACGACUCGUGCUUUGAGACGCCGGUGCUCGAAAACAACCCCGACACGACGCCCGGGUCGACGAAACCCAAGCUGAAUGGGUUCACGGCCCCCAUGUUUCAAUCGUUUUACGUGGUCGUGGGGGCGUUCGUGGGCAUUGGGCUCGGGUUUGGCCUGUACUACUUGCACAUUGGCGUCGAGAUGCAGAAAACGCUAGCGCUUCCAGGCGACUUGUUUGUGCGGGCGCUGCGAUGCCUCAUCGUGCCGUUGGUGUUUUGCGUCAUGACGAUCGUCGUGACGGAGACGGUGACGCUGGGGCGGUCGUCCAUCAUGCGGUGCAGGACGUUGUUGCCGUACGUGGCGUCGUCCGUGCUCUCGACCGUGCAGGGUACGCUGCUGGCGCUGCUGUUCAAAGAGUACUUUGUCCCCCAAGCAACCCGAAUCACGGGCACGUCGGGGGAUGGGGGGACCACUACCGGGGCUUCAUUCAACGUAACGUUGCAAUGCACAAACGGGAAGUUGCUGGCGGCGCUGGCCGAUGGUUCGUUGGGGUGUGUCGAAUCUGCUGCGAAUGCGUCGGCACUGCUGUUUCUUGCUGCCAACCACACCAUGACCACGUCCAACGUUUCGUCGUCGUCGUCGUUGGGGACGCAGCUCAGCCUCGUGGACCAAAUCGUGGGCAUUUGCAACUUACUCAUCCCAGUCAAUAUCUUUGAAUCCUUCGUGGAUGGUUCGCUUUUGAGCAUUGUGAUGUUUUCGAUCCCCCUGGGGGUCGCGCUUGCCCACUCGGCUCCAGCCAACGACAACUUGGUGCUGGGCAUUGUCCGGCAACUGCGCAACAUUUUCAUUCUGCUGCUCAAUGGAUUGCUCACCAUCACCCCUGUGGCGGUCGUGUUCCUCAUGGCAGGGGGCAUCGCCAAGUUUGACACGCAAGACCUGAGCGAAGUCAUGUCCCAACUGGCAUACCUCUUGCUCUCGUUUGUGAUCGGCGCCAUCUCCCAUGCCCUCGUCGUACUCCCCCUUCUCAUGUACGUUUACACCAAAGCCAACCCGUACAAGUACCUCCAGCAGCUCAUUCCCGCCUUCGUGUUUGCGUUUGGGUGUUCGUCGUCCAUGGCGACCCUUCCUGUGGCCAUAGAGUGCAUCCAACGCGCCAAGGUCAGCCGGACGCUGUCGCAUAUCGCCAUGCCGUUUGGCACCCCCGUGAACUUGAACGCGUCGGGUAUUUACUACCCGUUGGCGGUGGUAUUUAUGGCAACCAUGUCGGGCUUGGGGGACCAACUCACCCCCACGCGAUACGUGAUCAUCUUCUUUGUGAGUCUGCUCGGGUGCAUGGGCACCGCCCCCGUGCCCAACGCCGCCCUCGUAUACAUCAUGACGCUGUGGAAGACAUGCUUUCCGUCCGCCGACCUCCCCCCCGCGUUUUCGCUGAUUGUCACGGCAGAUUUCCUCCUCGAUCGCAUCUCCACGAUGCUCAACGUGAAUGGCAAUGCCAUGGUCAAGUGCAUCUUGGCCGACCAGAUCGACGAAACAUUUGAAGUCCAAGCCGACCUCCGCGUGUAA